AGGCGCGCACGAAGGCGCUCGCAGGACCGCCGUCCGCCCCGCCGCGGGUGUCUGCCACCAGGUGAAGGCCGUCGGGUCCCGCCCAGGGUCUCGGGCGGCGUGCGGGCCGGGUGCCAUCUCCUCACACAGUCGCCUUCAGGCCGGCAGAAAAAAUGUCUGUUCAGAUCAUGUGCCCAUGUUUUCAUUGGGCUAUUUGGCUUUGUGUUGCUGAGUUGUGCUGUUCAUUCGUGAGAAAAAGCAAAAACCUUGGGGAUUGGCAGCAGUGAAAGAGGAAAGUCAGCCAGCGUGAUAGCAAAGCACAUCCAGUCAUCCAGGUGCUUGGGCCGGUGUUGACUCUUCCACGUAAGGACAGAGUCUCGUUGUGUAGUUCGCUCUGGCUUUAAACUCAAAAGACCUACUGCCUCAGCCUCCCAAGUGCUGGGAUUGCAGGUUUGUGGCCUGGAGAGACUUGCUGAAGAACCGAAGAGUUGGGGAUCACAGAGGAGGGGAGCUGAUUCAUGUGUGCCGCACAUGUCUAGUCUCUCUGUGGAACUGCUAAACAUCUGUUAGUGGAAACCCUAUUUCCACAAUGAAGUCAGCACUCUAAACACCUGUUUCUGUGGUUGUGAGUCGUCUGCAUGGUUCACGAAGCUUGAGAUCGAAGGAACCCAGGGGCCUGUGUGAUGACAAUAUGACUAAUAGCAAAGGAAGUUCUCCUGCUAAUCAGACAAGCAAUGCUGCAGGUAGCGGGGGCGGUUUUGUAGAUUGGACUUUACAUUUAAAUACAAUUCAAUCGGAUAAGUUUUUAAAUUUACUGUUGAGUAUGGUUCCGGUGAUUUAUCAGAAAAACCAGGAAGACAGGCACAAAAAAGGAAACGAUGUUUGGCCAGAUGGAUUAUCAGGUGCGACCCAGACCUUCAGUGACAGAUCGGAGCAGCACCUGGUGUACCACAGUUUCUCCGAGUCUGCAUUUCACAGCAGUAAUGGGCACGCGCCGUUGAGCUGCAGUCCCACGUAUGACGACUACGCCAGCUACAACUACUGUGAGGCCCGGGAGACUUCCGAAACCACGGCCAUGUUGCAAGAUGAAGAUCUGUCCAUUGAGGCUGACGAAGACGUGAUUGUGGAAGCAAAACCAAAGUUACCAAAGGAGUCCAGUGGCAUUAUGGCGCUGCAAAUACUUGUGCCAUUUUUGUUAGCUGGCUUUGGAACAGUUUCAGCUGGCAUGGUUUUGGAUAUAGUACAGCACUGGGAAGUGUUCAAAAAUGUAACAGAAGUUUUCAUCUUAGUUCCUGCCCUCCUUGGCCUCAAAGGCAACUUGGAAAUGACGCUGGCAUCCAGGUUAUCCACUGCGGUGAACGUUGGGAAGAUGGACUCACCCAUCGAGAAAUGGAACCUCAUAAUCGGCAACCUGGCUUUGAAGCAGGUUCAGGCUACAGUAGUUGGCUUUCUAGCAGCUGUGGCAGCAGUUAUUUUGGGCUGGAUUCCCGAAGGAAAGUAUUACCUCGAUCAUUCCGUACUUCUGUGCUCCAGCAGCGUGGCGACUGCCUUCAUUGCGUCUCUUCUGCAGGGAAUAAUAAUGGUUGGUGUUAUUGUUGGUUCAAAGAAGACUGGCAUAAAUCCUGAUAAUGUUGCUACACCCAUUGCCGCCAGCUUUGGUGACCUUAUAACCCUCGCCAUAUUAGCUUGGAUAAGUCAGGGUUUGUACUCCUGUCUAGAGACCUAUUACUAUAUCUCUCCAUUGGUCGGUGUCUUUUUCUUGGCUCUGACUCCGAUCUGGAUUAUAAUAGCAGCAAAGCACCCAGCCACAAGGACUGUCCUGCACUCAGGCUGGGAGCCGGUCAUAACAGCUAUGGUCAUAAGCAGCAUUGGAGGCCUUAUUCUGGACACAACUGUAUCUGACCCAAACCUGGUCGGGAUUGUUGUUUACACACCGGUUAUUAAUGGCAUCGGCGGUAACUUGGUGGCCAUCCAGGCGAGCAGGAUUUCUACCUACCUCCAUUUGCACAGCACCCCGGGAGAGCUGCCUGAGGAGCCCAGAGGCUGUUACUACCCCUGGAGGACUUUCAUUGGUCCAGGGGUGAAUAAUAAAUCUGCCCAAGUUCUGCUGCUCUUAGUGAUUCCUGGACAUUUGAUUUUCCUUUACACUAUUCACCUGAUGAAAAGUGGCCACACUUCGCUCACCGUGAUCUUUGUUGUCGUGUACUUAUUUGCUGCAGUGCUACAGGUGUUUGCCUUGCUGUGGAUUGCAGACUGGACGGUCCACCACUUCUGGAGGAAGGGAAAGGACCCGGACAGCUUCUCCAUCCCCUACCUGACCGCGCUGGGGGACCUGCUGGGCACGGCUUUGUUAGCCUUAAGCUUCCACUUCCUGUGGCUCAUUGGAGAUCGAGAUGGAGACGUGGGGGACUAGGGAGCCCUGCAGGCCCUGCUCCGUCACCAGGGGAGCACGCAGGGCAGCCGCCUCUGGCUCUUUCCCAAAACUGCACGGAGUCGGAAGCCAUCAUUGAUGUGGCCAGGGUGAUCUUUCAUGGGCGCGAUUCCACUGAAUGGCCUUAACAUUUUUUAAGGAAUUUGUGCUAAAACCAGAAGGAACAGUAUUUGUGCUGCUUUUUUAGAAGAAUUUGUCAUAGACCCAGCUACAAACUCAAGAAAGAAAGACUAAGAAAUGUUUACAGUGAAUCAUUUUGAAACCACAGACACGGCAGUCACGCACUUUGUUACUGUUUGGGGUGUAAGGCAGAGGAGGCAGUGCUGGGUUGCCUUUUCUCUCACAGAUGCACGAACUGCAAAGCGUCCUCUAAAAUGAAGGGUACCCGUCCACGCUCUGCAGUUUUACCUGUGCCACCUCGAUGCUAGCUGGGGUAAAUUCUCCAACCACUUAAACGUGUGAGUAGAUGCGCUCAGGUGCAUGCGAAAGUAGCUUGUCCCAGUGCUGAGCUAACGUCAGCUCUGCGGUGCUGCCAGGCCGCCUGUAAACACAGAGCCAUCCUGACAGAUCCCGGUGAAACCAGGGGCUGUGUUUGAUGGCUGAUUCAUAGAAACAACGUUGCUGUUUUUCACAGUUUCAGAUUCAAAAACAAGCUAGCCUGAGCUUCAUUUGUAGAAACAAGAUGGCAAGAGAAAGUGUGAGGGUGUGUACACACGCGUGUGCAUAGGUGGCAGAGAGGCACUGUCUGGGGGGCUGGGCCCUGGGUUGCUGACAGUAGAGAUGAGAGCUCUGGGAAUAAAAACCUUACGGUUAAUCUUCAGCACGUUUAUUACCAUACGUUGGUCAUUUGAUCCCAAAGUUUACUACGGACCAGAACUUGCUUUGUUAUCUGCAUUAUAAUUAGUGCUGUCCUCUUUUACAGAAAGCUGUACCAUUGAGUAGAAUCCAGACCCCAGACAGAAUGAACGAGCAGCUCCCCAGCCCUGUAGAGGAGCCUGGCAGUCCCUUGGGCGAGCGCUCACGCCCCUCCGCAUCACCCUUCAGCACAGGCCGCGGUGGCCGUGUCACACAGCGCUGCACGUCUCGGGUGCGCGUUCUAAGCCACGUCCCAGCUUCCAGUGGGUUUGAUUUCUCACACCACAUCAUUCACUUUAAAAAUGCAGUGCAAGGCCAAACACGGUGGUGCACACCUGUAAUCCUGGCACUCAGGAGGCUGACGCAGGAGGCUCACUUAGAGUUCUAGACCUGGGCGUCAGCGUGGGCUCGAGGCAGCCUGAACUCACAGCAAGACCCUGUCUCAAAAGACAAAAAUUUAAAAAACCAGUGCAAUCUCCCCAGACCAUUAGGUAGUAAUUUAAAAUGAUAAGGGAAUAAAAAUGCCUACCACUUCGAUUACUGUGCUUGUAGUUGUUAGUGUUAGGUGUUUAUAGUCAUACUGGAGAAGUACCCUCAUUAAGUUCUUUAAAAUAAGGGCCUGUGGUUUAUUUUGAAACUUUAUUUCAUUCUUCUGCCUCACAGUGAAUCUUUGAAGGCAGAGACUGAACUAAUUAUGGAAUUUCUCCUUUGGAGAGUUACAGUGUCACAAAGUGAACAUUUUUAUAAAAGAAUGAUUACAUUUAAGCAUUUAAGUUGACAAACAUUUAGGUACAAAGAUUUAUUUUUUAGAAUAUCCAGGAACAGUGGCUUUUUUUUUUUUUUUUUUUGGAAAAGCGCCUGUAAAUCCCUUACUUACGUUCAGGCCCUGUGUUCCCAGCCGUGUUCCCUCCCGGCAAUCUCUGUUGGUUUGUGUAACUCAUGCAGUGCAGCGCAGUGGGACACCGCGGCGUGGGGCACCCACAGCACCGCUGUGCCCUGCAUGCCUGCACCCCGCUCCCGCCCGCUCUGCCACAGAGGGGAAGGAGCUGCAGGGAGACCGCGCUUGCAGCGUGGCACAGCCGCACAGUGGCCAGGCCGUGGGUCUUCUGUGCCGCGUCCGGGACCCCACGCAGGCAGCCGAGCGAGGGAGGCACAGGGUCUCCACACCUCCCCGAGUGUGUGAGAGGCAGCGAGUCCAGCUAGCUCUUAAGUCCCUAAGAUCAAGGGAAACAUAAACAGAAUAAUGAAAAUACUUUAUGAAAUACUUCACUGUGCUUUAUAAAGUAGUUUUUACUUUCCUAAUGAGGAAGUUGGAGUAAAGAACAAGCCCUUAUUCCGAGGACGUCUGGUUCCACUGUUCUUCCCCGGUGGGGAACAGCACUGCCACAGUGCUGACAACCAGGACGGCUGGUGGGAGUUUUGUCUCCUUUCUCUUUUAUUUUUAUUCAGCCUUGGUUGGAGCAACAAAUGUCUAAAAGGCAUGGGGUGGGGGAUCAGUCCCUGGCCAGCUGAGUGAGUUACAAAGGGACGUAAAUUCCUUUGAAAAUUCUUGCUGGGCCGGGGAUGUAGCUCAGCAGCACAAGGUGUCCUGAGUUCGAUUUCCGGUACUCAAAAAAAGUGUCUUAAAGUUAUUGCAGUGUUCUGAAAGCCUUCACAUACAUGUGUAGCCAGUAAGAUGGUUUCCUUUAUUUGCCCAUAAAAUAAUUUAUUGUCAAUCGUACAUAAUGUAAAUUAAUGUAUUUAUUUUUAUUCUACAUAAAAGCUUCUGCUUUCCAGGUUUGCUCUCACUAAUUUAUCAGGCACUUUAUUUACAUAUAGAGAAGCUGUUUUUAUUUUUGCCCAUCAAAAUUUUUUCAAAACUAAAACUACUCAGAACCUGAUAAAACAGAAACACAAGGUAAUGGACCUUGCGGGGGCGUCACAAGGUCGCACGCCAGGGACGAUGGACGGGCCCAGUCCCAGCGCCUUCUGCACGGGGCUUCCUUGCCCGCUGUGGUUCAGUCUGCCCAUUCACGGUGGGCACCUGUCACCUGUGAUUAGUUGUAAACUCAAAUAAAAUUUAGGAACUAUCAA